AUGCAGUCGACAGUGAAAUUAGUACUAAAGAUUUCCCAACUGCUUGGUAUUGCUCCGGUUUCUUUCGAGGACAAAAAAGAGAAGUUUAUUGUUUCCCUUGGUUGGAAAUGUUAUUCUGUUCUUAUGGCUUCACUGCUUCUAAUUCUCAUAUACUGUGGUGUAACUAGACGACUGUCGCAAGUGUACAGCAGUACGAGUGACCUAGCAUUACGCAUUGACACUUUCAAUGUUAUUCUAGGAGAUGUUACUGGUAUUUUCUUAAUAUUAGUCAGCAUUACACUAAAGCAAAGACACCUUGAUGUAUGGUGCAUGAAUCUACUUUCAGUUGAUGUAUUUCUAUACAAAAAUGUUGAGCAGGAAUACUUCAAAAUGUCGAAACUUGUGCGACGAAUAAUAUUGGGAGUGACGCUUAUAUCACUUACAUUGUACGUUGGAUUUAUGUGGCUAUAUAAAUUUCAUUUACAGUUCGACGUACUGAUUCCAAUAUACUUCUGCUAUGGUGUAAGGAAUACUUUCAUAGUGCAGUUUUUCACAUUUAACGUGAUACUGUACAGAAGGUUUCAGCAUAUGAAUAAACAUCUGUUGGACGUCUUUUGCGUUCGUUCAGAGUAUGACCUUGACUAUACGUUAUCACUGUUACUAAAAAUAGAUAUGAGAAAUUUUUCAGUUUUUGCAGGCAAAUUACGUACUAAAGAUUCUUAUCAUUUAUCACGGAGACAGCGAUUAAGCAACGAGUCAAAAUCAAAUAUAAGACUACAGGCACUAAUGUCAAAAUUUAGGGGCUGUGCACCACUGUCUCAUUUACAGAAGGUGCACUGCCUGCUUCACGGCAUGGCAAGAUGUGUCAGUGGCGCAUUUGGCUUGCAGAUUGUCUCAGAGGUAACAUUUUGUUUCUUGAACAUUGUGAUGAACACUUAUGUUAUGCUGUCCCACUUCCUCAGGAACGGAGCAGUUCCGUGUGGUGAACCGACGGGAGUGGUUUUACUAGAGUGUCUACCGUGGACGCUGAUGGCAGUUUUGCGGCUGGUCAUCAUAGCGUGCAGCAGUGAAGCGGUCGUCCGGCAGUCCAACCGCACGCUGGAGCUGGUCAACAAGCUGCUCCUGCUACCAUCGCAGGGGGACUACGGACGCCACACUGCUCUGCAAAAGUUCGCCAAUCAGCUGCGCCUCAGCCCUCUCAGUUACAGUGCUGCGGGGCUCUUCCUCAUUGACAGAUCGCUGCUAACCAGCUGCGUGGCCACCAUCACUACGUACCUAGUGAUUCUAGUUCAGUUCUCUCUGGCAAAGAUGACGAUGCAACAAAAUAACUACGGGUGCUAA